CUGCGGGGCGGGUUCAAAUUGUCAUCACUAUUGGUAGAUACUAGAUAGAGAACAAGCAGGCUUAUUUGGUGACUCGUUCAGUCAUGUUCUUGCCACUUCGUAUGUUACAGAGGUUUCAUUUUCUGUCAUAACUAGAUAGUCUAUAGGUAUUCCUUUCGUUUGGAAUUGAUCUUUGUACUUUCUCUUCAACAGAGACUUUUUCAGCGGGCAAAAACUCUCACCAAUGUUCUGUAUAAAGUGAUACGAUCUAAUUUACGUAUUACACGUGAAGUAGGGGUGAGCAACCGUUCGAUAUAAGAAGAAGGAAUCAGAGAUGUACUUAACCAACACCAAAUUAUCAUCUAAUUGAGUAAAUGUUAAAUCAAAGUGUGAACUCAACGAUUAACUAACAAAACUCACUUGUCAGCGAGCAUAUAAUUCAGGGAUGGUGUAAUUACUUGGCGGCAUCCCCAUGAAAGACGAAAAAAGAAGAAAACAAAACAACCAAACAAGGAACCAAAGAGGGUUGGCAAGCAAUCAUGGUGAUGAUUAUUAAGACACUUGUUGUUUUGUCCCUAUAGGAAACAACGCCAUUCACAAGUUGCAUAUUUGACCGCAACAGAACACUUACUUUGUUCUCUAAUUUACUUUCCUCCCAUCCAUUAGCAAGAGAAAAGACGCCAGGUUUGAAUCCAAUGUACAGGUUGGUAAGACAUAAGAGAGUUAGAAACGCGGAAGAAAGUAUUCGAUCAAUUCACAUCUCCAAUCAUAAUAAAAUGUUAUGCCGAAUCAAAUCUGAUUAAUAUAGAAUCAGAUCCACAAUACAAUUCACAGACAAUAUUUUCCCUUCUUUUUUGUUUCCAUUCCAUUAAUGUUUGUUAAACAAAGAAAUAAACACGCAAAUAAAAAUUUCAGAUGCAUUUUCUAUGUGGGUUUCAUUCUGAAUCACAUCGCAAUAAUCACUUGUAAAUAUCUCAUAACACUAUUGGUCCGAUUCUGGACCAAAUCCAUCCGGCCUUCAUCCUACCGACAGCCCAAAUGACAAAUUAUGAGAAGUCAGCACUCAACAAAACUCCUCUCUUCUUCCUCCCACCAUUUGUGUGCCUUAAUAUAUAUCGAUCCUCAAGAUUGUCCCCAUCAUCCAAAUCAUUCACUCACUUCACCAAGAAUCCUCCACAUCAAGAAAACAGAGCCUUUUCUUUAUUGGGUUAUUCUCUGAGAAACUAGUAGAUAUUCAGUUCUCUGGUAAUAAGAUUUCGGGCUAGCUUGAAGCUUAACAAUAAAUCAUCAUCAUCAUGAGCGGGGAGAAGACCAAAAGAUCAUCAGGAUUCGGGAUGCAAAUCGAUCAGCAGCAACAGCAGCAAAGUUUCCAAGGAGUUAGCGUUGUGACUGAGCCAUAUGCUGCUGCAUCUCAUCAUCAUCAUCCUCAUCCACACCAGCUUCCUGUCACAGGUCAUCAUGUCGUGGUUCAGAGAGGAUCAUCGGCCCUUCCUUGCUGUGGUAUCGGCCUUGGUUGGUUUUUGUUUAUAUUGGGGUUCAUAUUGGGAGCAAUUCCAUGGUAUGCUGGGGCUUGCGUCUUUCUUUGUGCCAAGUAUGACAGCCGGGAGAGGAUUGGAUUGAUUGCUUGCUCUGUUCUUGCUGCUUUGUCGACGGUUGUGGCUAUUAUUCUAGUUAUAUUAUCGAUAAUUUGAAUGGAAACUGAUAUACGAUUGUACUUGCGAUAUGGGCAUGUGGUCUGUACUAAUUUAGUUUUGCUACUUCUAUACAUGUAUCUCUGAUAACAAUCGAAUAAAUAAAUGAUGAUUUUUUUCAUGAGUAAUACGAAUUACAAUGUCUAAUUGUAACAGCGGUGGCAGGACGAUAAUUUUGAGAUGAUCGGUUCACGUUUCAUGGAUUGGUUAUCUGUCAUUUUCACUUCCUUUACAAGAUUGUGUUAUUUAUAUCAUUUUCAUAUGUAUUAAGAGAAAAUAUUCGAAAUGAUGGAUCAAUCGACUAUUUCGUACGAGUCAAAGUUCAUUUCUUUCGGGGUACUAAAUUAACCAAUCCUUAGCUUGACAAAUGCAAAGGAACUUCUCACAAGUGAAAAUUAGGUUUUUAUUUUUUAUGUGAAAGAAUGAACAAUGCUUUCUUAUUGUUUGGAUAAUUGUGAUAUCUCUUAAAUUUCAUUCUGUCAAACCUUUCAUUGUCUCCGAAAAUGAACCUUUACUUUUGUCGAUAAAAGGUAAAAAUUUGAAUCUAGAGAAUAAUGAAAGGAUAUUUGACUC